AUGACAUUAGUGUUAAAAUCUGACCCUUUGAGGUACAUUCUUUCGAAACCCGUGUUGUCUGGACGAUUGGAAAAAUGGUUCAUGAUUUUGUCAGAGUUUGAAAUCAACUUUGUCCCGCAAAAAGCAAUAAAAGGACAAGCAUUGGCUGAUUUUCUGGCAGGGCACCUGAUUCCAGACAAUAUGGAGUUGCAUGAGGACCUUCCAGAUGAGGAAGUUUUCACAAUUGAAACCUCAUCUUGGCAACUUUCCUUGGAUGGGGCAGCAAAGAAGUGUGGGGCAGGUGCUGGAAUUGUCUUUGGGACACCUUCUAAAGGACUGAUACCUUACUCUUUUCACAUCUUGGCUAUAUGUACCAACAAUGUAGUAGAAUAUGAAGCAUUGAUAAUCAGUCUCGAAAUUGCACUUGAAAUGCAAAUACAAUCACUGAAGGUAUAUGGAGAUUCUCUUCUAAUUACCAAACAAAUUAAUGGUGAAUUUGCAGUCAAGCAUGAGGCUCUAAUUCAUUAUCAUGAGAAGGCUAAUCAUUUGAUUGCUCAAUUCCAAACUAUCACAUUAGAUCAUAACCCUAGGUCAAAAAAUGGCAAAGUUGAUGCUUUAGCUAAAUUAGCUGCAUCACUAACAAUUCCUGUUGAAAGGGAUAUUCAAAUUACAAUAGGAGAACGCCAUUUGUUUACCCCGAAUUAUGGAGAGGUUAGAGGAAAUAAGUACCAUAUAUUUGGUAACUUUCCUUGA